UCCAACAUGGCGAUCUCGGUUAGCGGAUCUCUCUCUAUUCCUCUCGCUGUAUUGAUGGUUUUGGCAUCAUUUGGGUUGAAAGAAGGAGCAGCUCAGAUCAUGCCAGUCCAAGGGCAGAACCUGGUGACGGACAACGUGUCGGUGGUGGAGGGCGAGACGGCCACCAUCAGCUGCAGAGUCAAGAACAACGACGACUCCGUCAUCCAGCUGCUCAACCCCAACAGACAGACCAUCUACUUCAGAGACGUCAGACCUCUGAAGGACAGUCGCUUCCAGCUAGUUAACUUCUCGGACAACGAGCUGCGCGUGUCUCUGUCCAACGUGUCGCUGUCGGACGAGGGCCGCUACGUGUGCCAGCUCUACACAGACCCCCCACAGGAGGCCUACGCAGACAUCACCGUACUGGUUCCUCCAGGUAACCCCAUCAUAGAGUCGCGUGAGGAGGUGGUCAGCGAGGGCAACGAGACGGAGCUCAGCUGCACUGCCAUGGGCAGCAAACCCGCCGCCUCCGUCACCUGGGUAAAGGGGGACCAGGAGCUGCAAGGUGAGUCGACGGUGGAGGAGACGUACGACCGCAUGUUCACCGUCACCAGCCGCCUCACACUGACCGUCUCCAAGGAGGACGACGGCGUGCCGGUCAUCUGCGUCAUCAACCACCCGGCCGUGAAGGACUUCCAGGCCCAGAAGUACCUGAAUGUGCUGUAUAAACCAGAGGUGAAGAUUGUGGUGGGCUACCCCGAGGGGCUACCGAGGGAGGGGGAGAAUCUGGAGCUGACCUGCAAGACCCAAGGCAAACCUCCGCCCUUCGACGUUCACUGGAUUAAGGUGGACGAUGAGGUUCCCUCUCACGCCGUUUUCACCGGCUCCGACCUCUUCAUCGAGAACCUCAACAAAUCCUACAACGGCACGUACCGCUGUGUGGCGACCAAUCAGGUGGGAGUGACCUUCGAGGACUACACCCUCUAUGUCUACGAUGCUCUCACUUCAACCCCCACACCCUCCACUACUACCAUCAUCUCUGACAACUCGCAAGAUUCCCGGGCUGGGGUGGGAUCUCCACAGAAGAUCGACCAUGCCGUGAUCGGAGGUGUGGUGGCUGUGGUGGUCUUCAUCAUGCUCUGCCUCCUCAUCAUCUUGGGACGCUACUUCGCCAGACAUAAAGGUACUUAUUUCACACAUGAAGCCAAAGGCGCGGAUGACGCAGCGGACGCCGACACGGCCAUCAUCAACGCCGAGGGUGGCCAUAGCAACUCCGACAACAAGAAGGAGUACUACAUCUAACCAGCGGGGGCGCUGUGCUAUGGCCCGCACU